AUGUCGAAUAUAUACAAUCAUAGGCAGAUUGUUCCUGGCGGAACCAGCGGUCCAAGUCGUUUCAACGAGCUUUUAGAAGCUUUAAAAAAUGAAUAUGAAAACCUCAGUCAAGAGGCUAUGACUUAUAAAAUACAACGCGAAGAAUUUGAACAUAAAGUUCAACAACAAUCUGAGGAGGUUGCUCUUAUUCGUCAGGGUUUAUAUGAAUUACAAGCUACACAUAAAGGAAUAAAGCAACAGUAUGAUAACGAUCUGCGCAAUCUUCAGCGUGAAAUUGACCAACAAAGGUUGCAUCCUCAUCAUUCAACAAGUACUCAUCCUCCCCCUCCUCCAUCACAUCCCCAACCUCCCCCACCGACCAUUGGACAGGGUCAAAGCAACUUAUUUGGUGGCAUCAUUAGUGGUAAUGGUGCUCCCGGUCUCGCCGCUCCUCCUCAAAUGUCUAUGGAUCCAACACAACAACCAACAAAUCAACCUGGUCAUCCGGGAAACUAUCCUGGCCCAAGUGGCCCUCCUCAGAGUGUCCCACAAGCUGGAGGUAGCUCCGCUCACUCUCCAUAUCUUAAUGGUGGUGGUGGCCCUCCAGGUACUCUAUCACAACCUCAUACUCCUAAACGACCUCGUAUAGAGGAUGGCGUUUCAUCUACUGGCCCUCAAAAUCCCCUUGGUAUGACACCUAGCUCUCAAUCUCAACCUGGUUUGUACGGUAAUAAUAGCAUUCCUCCGCCUCAGUCUGGUCAGGUUCAACCUAUAUCUCAAGGUUAUAUUCCUCCUGUUGGUCCAAGUAGUAAACCUAAUAGCAAAAUGACAAAGCCUGUAACUUUAAUACCACAGAUUCCUCCAAGUAUUGGUCCUGAUCAACAACCUUCUGGUGUCCCUACCAAUGGUAAUACACAAGCGGUUUCCUCAAAUAAUAAACGAAAAAGUAAUCAAAAUAUGGGUGCUCAACUACCAGGAACUCGUGCUCCAAUAAAGCAAGGAUCACUUAGUGGUAAUAAUCAAACAUUAGGUGAUAUGGAUCCUGAUACUGUCCCAGCUCAACUAAAAAAAGAAGGUGGUGAUUGGUUUGCAAUCUUUAAUCCUAAAGUACAACGAGCACUUGACGUUGAUCUUUUCCAUACAUUGGAACAUAAUAGUUCUGAUGGAAAAUAUCUAGCCACUGGUUGUAAUCGAAGUGCUCAAAUUUAUGAUGUUGUAAAUGGUCAAAAAUUAUUCGUUCUUGAUGAUAAUAAUGUGGACAAAACUGGUGAUUUAUAUAUCAGGAGUGUAUGCUUCAGUCCUGAUGGAAAAUAUUUAGCCACAGGUGCUGAAGAUAAACAAAUUAGGAUUUGGGAUAUUCAAAAACAAACUAUUAGAUCAUUUUUCCCAGGUCAUGAACAAGAUAUUUAUUCACUUGACUUUUCACGUGAUGGUCGUUUAAUCGUGUCUGGUUCUGGCGAUAAAACUGCUCGAGUUUGGGAUAUGGUUACUGGUGAUUUGUUGUAUAAACUCUCAAUUGAUGAACCGAGUCAAAAGGAUGCUGGUGUAACCAGUGUAGCUAUUAGUCCCGAUGGUUAUUACGUUGCAGCAGGAUCAUUAGAUAAAAUAGUACGCGUCUGGGACGCACGAACAGGUUAUCUUCUUGAACGUUUGGAAGGUCAUAAAGAUAGUGUUUAUUCUGUUGCAUUUGCUCCUGAUGGUAAAACAUUAGUUUCUGGAAGUUUGGAUAAGACUUUGAAAUUAUGGGAUAUGAGUAAUCCAGGAAGAAAUACUGGUGUUGGAUCUAGUCAAAAGAAUUCUGCAAAGAUGACUUUCAACGGACACAAAGACUUCGUUUUAUCCGUUGCAGUCUCUCCUGAUGGUCGUUGGGUAGUUUCAGGUUCUAAGGAUCGUGGUGUACAAUUUUGGGACCCAAUUAACGCACAAACUCAAUUUAUGUUACAAGGUCAUAAAAAUUCAGUAAUUUCGGUAGCCUUAAGUCCGGCCUUAUCCGGCCCAACUGGCAAACUUUUUGCCACUGGGUCUGGUGAUUGUCGAGCGCGUAUAUGGCGAUAUUAUGACGAUCAAUAA